GACGCUCUGCCCCGCGGUGGGCUCCACCUGAAAGAGGAGCCGCUACUGCCCUCCAGCCUGGGCUCCGUGCGCUCCUGGAUGCAGAGCGCUGGCAUCCUGGACUCCAGCACCGCGGCGCAGAGUGGCGUGGGCCUGGCAAGAGCACAUUUUGAAAAGCAGCCCCCCUCCAACCUCAGGAAGUCCAACUUCUUCCACUUCGUGCUGGCCAUGUACGACCGGCAGGGGCAGCCCGUGGAGGUGGAGCGCACGGCCUUCAUCGACUUCGUGGAAAAGGACCGAGAGCCUGGGACAGAAAAGACAAACAAUGGGAUCCAUUACCGCCUUCGGCUGGUGUAUAACAAUGGACUCCGGACAGAGCAAGACCUCUAUGUGCGUCUCAUUGACUCCAUGUCGAAGCAGGCUAUCAUCUAUGAGGGACAGGACAAGAACCCUGAAAUGUGCCGGGUGCUGCUCACUCACGAGAUCAUGUGCAGCCGGUGCUGUGACCGCAAGAGCUGUGGGAACCGGAAUGAGACACCCUCAGAUCCAGUCAUUAUUGACAGGUUCUUCCUCAAAUUCUUUCUCAAAUGCAACCAGAACUGCUUGAAGAACGCAGGGAAUCCCCGAGACAUGCGCCGCUUCCAGGUGGUGGUAUCCACAACAGUGAGUGUGGAUGGACACGUGCUGGCCGUGUCGGACAACAUGUUUGUGCACAACAACUCCAAACAUGGCCGCAGGGCCCGACGCCUGGACCCUUCUGAAGCUGCCACCCCCUGCAUCAAAGCCAUCAGCCCCGGGGAGGGCUGGACCACGGGAGGCGCCACCGUCAUUAUCAUCGGAGACAACUUCUUCGACGGGUUGCAGGUCGUGUUUGGCAACGUGCUCCUGUGGAGCGAGCUCAUCACUCCCCACGCUAUCCGAGUGCAGACGCCACCAAGACACAUCCCUGGGGUAGUAGAAGUGACCCUCUCCUACAAGUCCAAGCAGUUUUGUAAAGGAGCCCCUGGCCGCUUUGUCUACACAGCCUUGAAUGAGCCUACCAUUGACUACGGCUUCCAGAGGCUACAAAAAGUCAUUCCCAGACACCCGGGGGACCCUGAGAGGCUGCCCAAGGAAGUGCUGCUGAAACUCAUGCCCUCUAGCCCCCCGCUGGCGGCUGCCUCCUCCAUGUCCCUCCCGGCCGCUGCCCCCACCACCAGCGUCUUCUCCUUCUCGCCUGUCAACAUGAUCUCCGCUGUCAAACAGAGGAGCGCCUUCGCCCCUGUUCUGCGCCCACCCAGCUCCCCAUCCCAAGCCUGCCCCAGAGCCCACAGAGAGGGGCUUCCAGACCAGCCUUUUGAAGAUACUGACAAGUUCCACUCUGCUGCCCGGGGGCUACAGGGCCUGGCAUACUCUUAAUUAUGGUCUGCAGGUGCUGCCCCAAUGAGGCUGGACUGGAGGUCCUUCUGGAUUCAUGUUCAUGGCUGGGAUGGAAGCACAAACAGAUACAGGGUCAAGACUUUGGGUAGACCUCAAUCCCUGGGAUACACAGGGAGAGGCCUUCACCUCUGUGCUCAAGGCCCCCCGCAUACCCACAGACCCUCAUACUUACCUCCCUUUCUUGGAGCCCAUUAGAAGCCCAGCACUGUGAGGAUGCUCUUGGCAAGAGAGCACCGUAGGGAGGUGUUGGGAUGUCGGGCCUUACCCACUGGAUUGGUUCCUCUGUAAGAGGUGGAUUUUGUGAAGACCAGAAAUGUUGGUAAGAUGAGCAAGAAUUAGGAACCAUGGGAAAGAGGACAUCUCAGGGAGAGGUGGUCUAGACGAGGUCCUGUUUGCUUCUGACCAGUCUCACCUGGCCUAGAGCCCACCUUCUCUCAUGAACAAGGUGGUGUCUAGCAGUCUCAGGAGGCCCAUUCAGGCUCCCAUGGAGCUGCCCACAAGCCACUGGACCCCAAUGGCUGCCCCCACUUCCUUUGAAAGUAGCACAUUCAUGCAGAUCCCAUCACGCCUCCUUGUGAGGGGAUUUAGGCAUGGAAGAUGCACAGAAGGGCCUCCUGAAUCUUGACUCUUACCCCAAUGGAUGUUUCAUGAAUUUUGUCCCCUAUUGCCAUACACCCAACUCUAGUUGGCCCCAAAGAACAACCUGGCUGCCUUUUGGUGGCCUCACAUUCUGCUGAGUUUGGACAAAAUGGAAUAAUAAAUCAGAUGCAGGUGGCCACGUGGCCUCUCUUGCC